AUGUGCAAAUUUAUUCUCCUGGACUAUCCAGCCACAACUCGUCGAUUGAGCGAAGAGGAGCGUCAGCUAGCAACAGUGCGCAUUUUGCAAGAUAAGCAAGCUACAACUUCACAUGCAACGAGGAAGUUGAAGCCAUGGGACGCGUUUAUUGCGGCUAUUGUUGACCUCAGGACGUAUUUCUUCAUGGCCAUGUAUCUUCUUGACAACGGAUGCGCCACAAUCAACUACUUCGUCCCAACUGUCCUCAGCGAUAUGGGCUAUGGUGGAGUCAUGGCUCAGUGGAUGACAGUCCCUGUGUGGAUCGUCGGAACAAUCUUUCUCGUUCUUGUGCCCCAGUCUUCGGAUCGAUUCCAGGAUCGCAGAUGGCACGUAGUUGGUGCCUUCGUUCUUGCUUUUGUGUCGGGCAUUAUCAUUGUGACUGUCAAUGGCACCGCAGCUCGAUACACUUUCAUCUGCUUUUACAUCUCGGGUGUGUACGCGGCAUUCCCGUUAAUCCUAACAUGGGCAUCGGAAACCAUGUCUCUGCCUGUUGAGAAGCGAGCCGUUGCCAUUGCUGCGGUAAAUGCAGUAGGAAAUUUGGCAGCCGUUUAUGGCAGCUACAUGUGGCCAUCGAGGGACGCACCAGAUUACAAGCCUGGAUUUACGGCCAUGGUGGGAAUGUGUGGUGGUGCGGCACUACUUGCAGCCAUGAUGCCGAUUCUGUUCAAGUUCUUGCCAAAGUUCAGGACGAAAGCCGAGAAAGAGCUGGAAACCAUCGAUGGGCAUGUGGAGUAG